CUUUACGACAGUUGGAGCGCUCCUGCCUGCCAGUUCGUCUAGCGACUCUGGUCCACACGUGUACCGCCGGUUUUCGCCUGGUGGUCCUGCCUGUUGCUGUGGCGCAGCCACAUUGAAGGACAGAGUGGCAGCGUAAGCCAAGGACCGUGAGCUGAUGGCAUUUGCUACUGAAAAUGAAGGGGCCUCGGGAGGAGGUCUCCAGGGGGUACCUGAGGGGGCGUGGCUAGGUCCUGAGUCUGGUAGGGAGGUGGAGGUCGGGGACUUUGCUGGGAUGGAGGAGCCUGGCGGAAGUGAGGAGGGAAAUGGACUUAGAGGAAUGAAGAAGGUAGAGGAUGCAGAGGAAGGAAGUGAGCAAAGGGCAGUGGAGAUGCGCAUGGACUUAACAGUUGUGAAACAAGAAAUUAUGGACUGGUCGGAUGUAGAAAGCGGCAUGUUGGAUGCACAGUGGGUAAAGCAGGAGGUAGAGGAUGGACCUGAGGUGAAGGACGAGAAAGCAGACGUAUUGGAGGUGAAGCAGGAAGUGGGUAGUUUUGUAGUGAAAGAAGAAAAGGUGGAUGAACCAGACGUGAAGGAAGAGAAAGUGAAGGUGAAGGAAGAGGUAAUGGAUUGGCCGGAAGUGAAGGAAGAGGAAGGUAACUGGGAGAUAAAGCAGGAGAUAUUUGUUGAUCAAAAUAUAAAACAGGAGAUGAUGGAUGGAGCGUGCGUAAAAGAAGAGGAGCAUUUCCUAAAGAAAGAAAUAACAGAAGAUAUAAAGGUGAAAGAAGAUCCUCAGAUAAAUCCCCCCGUGGGCUGCAAGCGAAAACUGGCCAUGUCAAGGUGUGAAACUUGUGGUACAGAGGAAGCAAAGUACAAAUGUCCACGUUGUAUGCGGUAUUCCUGCAGCUUGUCCUGUGUAAAGAAACACAAAGCAGAACUGACGUGUAAUGGAGUUCGAGAUAAAACUGCUUAUGUUUCAAUACAAGAGUUUACUGAAAUGAAUCUCCUAAGUGAUUAUCGAUUUUUGGAAGAUGUGGCAAGAACAGCUGACCAUAUUUCUAGAGAUGCUCUUUUGAAGAAGCCAAUAAGCAAUAAACAUAUGUACUUUAUGAAAAAUCGUGCCAGAAAGCAAGGUAUUAACUUAAAACUUCUACCCAAUGGAUUCACUAAGAGGAAAGAGAAUUCAACAUUUUUUGAUAAGAGAAAACAACAGUUUUGUUGGCACGUGAAGCUGCUGUUUCCUCAAAGUCAAGCUGAGUACAUAGAAAAGAGAGUACCAGAUGAUAAAACUAUUAAUGAAAUUCUAAAAACUUACAUUGAUCCUGAAAAGUCUGAUCCUGUAAUUCGUCAAAGGUUGAAAGCCUACAUUCACUGUCAGACCAGCAUCCAGAUUUUAAUGAAGGUUGAAAAUAUGCAGCAAAAUUUAGUAAGAUAUUAUGAAUUGGAUCCUCAUAAAAGUCUCCUCGAUAAUUUGAGGAAGAAAGUGAUCAUUGAAUACCCAACAUUACAUGUGGUGUUGAAAGACUCCAGUAAUGACAUGAUACUUCUUCACCAAGUGAAAAGUGAAUCUCCCAAGAACCUUGGCAGUGAAAAUUGAGCACUUCUUGUAGAAGAAGAUGAAAAUCCCCAGACAGUUGCAGAGAAUUAUGCAUUGAUGGACUAUUGGAUGUUUUCGUUAUUAUCAGUGGGCAGUGGGAAUUUUUUUGUCUGUAAAGUAAUUAAAUGUUCUAAACUUUUUUUUUACAAAAAUGUAUUUUCUAGACUCUUAAAUUAAUUGACUUUCAGAGGCCCCGUUUCUGUAGUGUGAAACACUUUUUGUACCUCAGCAUAGUCCUUAAUAUGAUUAAUUCUAUAGGCUGAAAAUGUUCUAUUUGUUAGUUUGGAUCAAAACCAAAUCAACCUAAAGAUGACCUUCUUAAGUGGAACCUCACUAAAGAACCGUCAUGCCGUAAACCAUCUAGCCAAGGAGAAGUGAUCCCCCUUCAGUUGCCUGAUCCUGGUUGGGGGAUUUGUUUAUAACUUACCGCUCCUAAGGCAGUCUUUGUACUUGGGGAAGUCCCAGUGCAGUGUCUUCUGGAAAGGCUAAAUCAGUGCUUAACUACUGUUUCUUAUAUUGACAUCAGCCCUACAUUGUUUGAACAGUCAUUGUUAGCAAGUUUGAUACUUCUUGCUCACACAGUGAGAUGUGUCUUAGGAGUUCUUUGCCUCCUCUCAUUUCCAGUCCACUCAUUACCACACAAGCGAAGGUAUUGUGAUGCCAUCCAGCAAUAACUGAAGAAAGAAAAACACUUGAAAUUCAUCAGUGUAUUAUUGAAAUGUGUCUGUGUGUAUUUGUGUAUAUACAUGGCUUAAUUUAUACCUUAUGGCAGCUCAAAGUUUGCUAAUUUUAUUGGAAUUUAUGCAGUUAUGAAACAGCAAUAUGACUAUAAAAGAUUAAAAGGUUAUUACAUCUGUA